CGGCGACGAGCCGGGGGCCCCGAGUGCGGCGGCCGCUCGGCGGGCGGAGAGGAGGCGAGCGCGAAGCGCACGAUGCAGAUGCCGGCGCCAGGGGGCGGCCGCUCCGCGUCCAGCCCAGAUGUUGAUCAUCUUCACAAAUUAGAGUCUCCAUGGCCCGGACGUUAUCUAAAAAUCAUUUUGAGUGAAAGAUCCAUCGAGUAAUACCAUCAUAGCUUCAAGAUGGUGGGAAAACUGAAGCAGAAUUUGUUACUGGCGUGUCUGGUGAUCAGCUCGGUGACUGUGUUUUACCUGGGGCAGCACGCCAUGGAGUGCCAUCACCGAAUAGAGGAGCGCAGCCAGCCCAUCAGAGUGGAGAGCAUCAGGGCUACCUCCAGAAGUGGCCUUCAGGCCAACAAGACCGUCACCUACCACAAGGACAUGCCCUUAAUCUUUAUCGGGGGCGUGCCUCGGAGCGGAACCACCCUCAUGCGGGCCAUGCUGGAUGCCCACCCUGACAUCCGCUGUGGAGAGGAGACCAGGGUCAUCCCCCGAAUCCUGGCCCUCAAGCAGAUGUGGUCCCGGUCCAGCAAAGAGAAGAUCCGGCUGGACGAGGCCGGCGUCACGGACGAGGUGUUGGACUCGGCCAUGCAGGCCUUCUUACUGGAGAUCAUUGUGAAGCACGGGGAGCCGGCCCCUUAUCUGUGCAACAAAGACCCCUUUGCCCUCAAAUCAUUAACUUACCUGGCCAGGCUGUUCCCCAAUGCCAAAUUUCUUCUCAUGGUUCGAGACGGGCGUGCAUCGGUGCAUUCCAUGAUUUCCCGAAAAGUCACCAUCGCUGGCUUUGACCUUAACAGCUACCGGGACUGUUUAACCAAGUGGAACCGGGCCAUAGAGACCAUGUAUAACCAGUGUAUGGAAGUCGGCUACAAACGAUGUAUGUUAGUCCACUAUGAACAGCUGGUCCUGCAUCCGGAGCGCUGGAUGAGAACGCUCUUAAAGUUCCUCCACAUCCCGUGGAACUACUCAGUCCUGCACCAUGAGGAGAUGAUCGGGAAGGCGGGGGGCGUGUCCCUGUCUAAGGUAGAGAGAUCGACAGACCAAGUCAUCAAACCAGUCAACGUGGCAGCACUAUCAAAAUGGGUUGGAAAGAUACCCCCCGAUGUCUUACAGGACAUGGCGGUGAUUGCUCCCAUGCUUGCCAAGCUCGGCUAUGACCCACACGCCAAUCCACCUAGUUAUGGAAAACCUGACCCCAAAAUUCUUGAAAACACAAGAAGGGUCUACAAAGGAGAAUUUCAGCUCCCCGAUUUCCUCAAAGACAAACCACAGAACGAACCGGGCGAGUAGAGAAGAGUGGAGACGUCUCCGUCACACCCAAGGAAGGAAUCCUGCCUUUUCAAGGGAUGGGCGAUCUCUAGGAAUGGCCGUCCGUCCGUCCGUCCAGGGGCUGGGACGUCGCCACCUGCGUCUUCAGCCUCUCUUUCUCGUCCGUCCCCUUCCUCUGUGUGGUUCCAUUCAGCACACGUCAGCUGUCGCAAGUGAAUUAUUUCCCGGCCGGGACACUCACGUACCUCAGUGGUAACAGAGUAAGGUAUUGCAUGGACCUAGUAGGGGUGAAAGGUCAGGAAGGGGAAAGAUUCCCCCCUCCCCAGGCCAGAUCUCUGCUGCAGCUGCUCAGAUCCAUGACUUUCCUUAAUCAGAUUCUAAGACUUCGAAUUGUAAAAUGGAGGAAGGAUCUGGGUGGGGGGAGCCUCUGGAAUGGGUGAUCUGUGCUCGUCCCAAAUGUUUUGUAGAACAGUUGUUCCUGUUGAAAUCUUAUUAAUGUGGAUGGUGUUAAAUAGCUUAAUUAUUUAAAAAAUUAUGUGUUAUUUCUGAGAGGGUGGGGAAUCAUGUACAUUUACAAUCCAAUGACUUUUGUAUUUUAUUUUUCAAAAUAAAAGCUUUAAAUGUGA